AUGCCUCGAGGGCAUGUCUUGACUACUGACCAUGAUGGCCGCCCACUCAAGAUCCUCUUCUUGAUCCAAAGCAAAGAUCACCAGGAGAUUGUACUCGAAACUUUGAACGACAAUGUCGAGGUUCUCAGGAGCUUUGUCACGAGCUGGAACCGCGGGGAACAGCACAUGUCUACCACGUCACCCGACACGAGACUUCAUAUUUCAGCGAAGCCGGCAACAGAUCAACUGUGGAACCACACGAACCGCAGAACACGUGGGAAUGUCCAUAUCUACUCAGUGAAAGACAACGUUCGUCUCGGGUAUGAAGGGUAUUCGAUCAACCACAGAGACCUUAACAGUCACAAGACGCCAGACCUGCAGAAGGCUAUCACAGAGGCCGAAACAUACGUGUAUACGCAGACAACCAAACAGUGA